AUGACUGGCAUCACAAAAGUAGCUUUGUCCACGCUAGCCUUGGCGGUAUUAGCCCCGUACGGUUGGGACCGCUACCUCGCCCUUUCAGAGAUCGUAGCGAACCGCCCAGGAAGCUACACGCCAAUUGACACUUUCAAGGGCCAUGACAUUAAAUUCCGCGACGUCCGUGGCUUCCGAAACUGCGAGGAUGUGCUACUGGACGAAGGCUUGGGAUUGGCCAUACUGUCAUGUGAUGAGGGCAGAGAUAAAUGGAAUACCGUGAUGGGAACAUUUCAAGCGGACGGCAGUGUCGAAAAUGGAAGACUUUGGCUGUAUGAUUAUGUUGAGACGGAUGUGAUCCAGCCCCUCGCUUUCAAGAAUUUCCCGAACGAGCACGACUUUCACCCGCUUGGCUUGGAGCUGGACAAGACUACCUCUACACUCUAUGUUGCCAGCCAUGCCCAGAGCGGCUCUUGCAUCGAAGUAUUCCAGCUGGAGGUAAUGUCGAAGAGCCUCACCCAUGUUCGAACUAUUCAACACCCGCUCAUACAUGCGCCUAAUUCGAUAGAAUCUGCUGGAGACGGAAAGAUAUACGUUACGAACGACCAUAUGUUCCGUGCCCGGGUCUCACCGAUCAUGAGCAAGAUCGAGACGUUCUCUGGUGCGUGA